AAUUCAAAUUACAAGCGUAUAUUAUUGAAUCAGAUAAUGAUUCAAGUAUAGAAGAUGAUCAAAAAUUAUCACGCAAGAGGCUUUCUCCUGUUCCUACCACAUUUAAAUCUGAUGCUGGUAAAUCAUCGCUAUACUCAUUUAAAAAUUUUAAAAAGGCUAGAUGGUCUAUUGCAGUGUCAGACAAAUUAACUAGCACAUCGGAGAGAUUAUUAGCAAUAUCUUGUGUCGGUUUUAGGGACAUGGUGCAUUAUAACGACAGCUCUAGCAUUGUGGUGCCAAAAGAAAUUCCUGAAAAUGGACGCACCUCAGUAUUUAUUAUUAACCAAAUUAACGAUAAUUAUUCAGUUAGUUCUAUUGAUGGUAAAGGGUUACCGAUUGAAUAUGAUGGAAUA